AUAAAACGGGAGGUUUUGUCGGAAUAAGAUUCAAACGCUGUUUUCUGCAGUUUCUUCGUUUCUCUCUCUCUUUCUUCAGAAAAAAAGGCAGAAAAAAAAAACAUUCAAAGAAAGAAAGAGCAAUUCAUUCCAAUUACAAUGGCAGAUCAACUCACCGAUGAUCAGAUCUCCGAGUUCAAGGAAGCCUUCAGCUUGUUCGAUAAGGAUGGCGAUGGUUGCAUCACAACAAAGGAGCUUGGAACUGUCAUGCGUUCUUUGGGUCAGAAUCCCACUGAGGCAGAGCUCCAAGACAUGAUCAACGAAGUAGAUGCUGAUGGCAAUGGCACCAUUGACUUCCCUGAGUUCUUGAAUCUCAUGGCCAGAAAGAUGAAGGACACUGACUCUGAAGAGGAGCUGAAAGAGGCGUUCCGAGUGUUCGACAAGGACCAGAAUGGGUUCAUUUCUGCUGCUGAGCUCCGCCACGUGAUGACCAACCUUGGGGAGAAGCUCACUGACGAAGAGGUUGAUGAGAUGAUUCGAGAGGCUGACGUUGAUGGUGAUGGCCAAAUAAAUUAUGAGGAGUUUGUUAAGGUCAUGAUGGCCAAGUGAUGGUUGUAAUUCUGAUUUUACCAUGUUUCCUUGGUUUUUCUGACUCAACUCGCUGAAGCAGGAGUAAUAUGAUAAGACCUAUUCCUUAUUUUCAUUGAUGACUCUCCUAUGAGCUUGUUAUAGUUGCAUUGUUUUAGUAGGCUCCAAUCCAUACUCCAUCAACUCUUAUCUGUGCUUGCUUUCCACCCUUUUAGCAUUCAUAGCAAAAGUAGUUUCCCCAUU